AUUUGUUCAUACAACCUCAAACCCACCAUCCAUUUCUCCAAUCUUUCUGCAAAUCUGUCAUUCUUGAGAACAACCCACAAAUUUUUUUGGUAAAGUUUAGGCAAAAUGGUUGUAAAGAAACCAAGAAUAGUGGUAAUUGGGGCAGGAAUGGCAGGGCUGACAGCUGCAAACAAGCUCUACAAAUCUGGUGUCAAAAAGGGGGCAUUUGAGCUGUGUGUUGUUGAAGGUGGGAAUAGAAUUGGAGGGAGGAUAAACACCUCUGAGUUUGGAGGUGACAGAAUUGAGAUGGGGGCCACUUGGAUCCAUGGAAUUGGAGGCAGCCCAGUUCACAAGAUUGCUCAAGAAACAAAUGCUUUGGAAUCAGACCAGCCAUGGGAGUGCAUGGAUGGGUUUCUUGAUGAUCCAAUCACCAUUGCUGAAGAUGGGUAUGUGUUAAAUCCAUCUCUUGUUGACCCAGUUUCAAAUCUUUUCAAGAAUCUAAUGGAUUUUUCUCAAGGAAAAAGUAAAUCAAUAGGGGAUGGAAUUGAAUUGGAUCUUUAUGGGAAUGGGAAAGGAAUUGGGAACAUGAUGAGUGUUGGGUCUUUUCUUAGGAAAGGUCUUGAGGCAUAUUGGGAAGUGGAAUCAAGAAAAGAAAGAGAGGAGGUGAAUGGGUGUGGGGGUUGGAAUAGAAAGUUAUUACAAGAAGCCAUUUUUGCAAUGCAAGAAAACACCCAAAGAACUUAUACAGCUGCUAAUGAUUUGCUUAAUCUUGAUUACAAAUCAGAAAGUGAGUAUGUGAUGUUCCCUGGUGAAGAAAUCACAAUUGCUAAAGGGUAUUCAAGAAUUAUAGAAUCAUUAGCAUCUGUAUUGCCAUCUGGGGUUAUUCAAUUAGGCAAGAAAGUGUAUAAUAUCGAAUGGCAACCCGAAUUGGUGAACGGAUUGAAGGGAUAUGGGCAUGGUGGUUCUGGUUCAAGACCAGUAAAGGUUCACUUUCUUGAUGGCACAACCAUCUCAGCAGAUCAUGUUAUUGUCACAGUUUCAUUAGGAGUUCUCAAAUCCGGAAUCAGCGAUUCCGGAACGUUUCGAUUCAAUCCUCCACUCCCUAAUUACAAGAAUGAAGCCAUUUCAAGACUUGGGUUUGGUGUUGUUAACAAGCUUUUCUUGAAACUAAGUCCUGAUUUUGAUCUUGACCGGUUUCCGUUUCUUCAAAUGGUAUUCCAAAAAUCCGAUCUUGAAAUCAAGAACCCGAAAAUCCCAUGGUGGAUGAGGAGGACAGCUUCUUUGUCACCGAUUUAUGAGAGAUCCAGUGUGCUAUUAUCUUGGUUUGCAGGUGAUGAAGCACUUAAACUUGAAUCACUACAAGAUGAUGUGAUUCUUGAUGAAGUUUCCACAACUAUCUCUAGCUUCUUGUCGAAUUCCAAACUGAAAUUUGACAAGGUUUUGAAAAGUGGAUGGGGGAGUGAUCCGCUGUUUAUGGGGUCGUAUAGUUAUAUAGCAGUCGGAUCAAGUGGUUGCGAUAUUGAUUCACUGGCUGAACCAUUGCCGGAAACCGCCACUUUUGAGUCAACAACCGGUGGUUCAGGUUCUCCCAUACUUCAAAUUCUCUUUGCAGGAGAAGCUACACAUAGAACUCAUUACUCCACAACUCAUGGUGCUUAUUUCAGUGGUCUUAGAGAAGCCAAUAGGCUUCUUCAAAACUAUCAUUGUAUUGAUGUAUGAGAUAUGCUUGUUUGGAUUAUUAGAGCACUUAGUUUUUUUUUUCCCUUUCUUUUUUGAAACACCCUUUUCUCUAAUGAUUUAUCAUACUCAAAAUAUUGGGGGAAUGAAAGGGAGAGAUGGGGACAUUUUCAAGAAAGCUUAUCUUUUGAGUUUUCUAUUGGCUCUUUGAUGAGCUCCUUUGGCCAUCUUUUUUGAUGUUUGAGAUUGUCUUUUUCAGUGAAUACAUGUUUUCUUGAAAGUUC